UACUCCUCUCAAACCAUCCUCAAACACACACAACCAGAGCCUCACUCUUGGACUAACACACCAGUCUCAGCUGAGCAAUGGCGACCACCACGAUGGCAGUCUCCUCCCCAGCCUUCGCCGGCAAGGCGGUAAAGAACCUUCCAUCGUCCACCCUCUUCGGUGAGGCCCGCAUCACGAUGCGCAAGACCUCCGCCAAGGCCAAGCCGGUAUCCUCCGGCAGCCCGUGGUACGGCUCCGACCGCGUACUCUACCUUGGCCCGCUCUCUGGCGAGCCCCCGAGCUACCUCACCGGUGAGUUCCCCGGCGACUACGGGUGGGACACCGCCGGGCUCUCGGCCGACCCAGAGACCUUCGCAAAGAACCGAGAGCUCGAGGUGAUCCACUCCCGGUGGGCCAUGCUCGGUGCACUCGGCUGUGUCUUCCCCGAGCUCCUCGCCCGCAAUGGCGUCAAGUUCGGUGAGGCUGUCUGGUUCAAGGCCGGCUCCCAGAUCUUCAGCGAGGGAGGCCUCGACUACCUCGGUAACCCUAGCCUGGUUCAUGCACAGAGCAUCCUUGCAAUCUGGGCCGUCCAGGUCGUGCUGAUGGGCGCCGUUGAGGGGUACCGCAUUGCGGGAGGCCCACUUGGUGAGAUUGUCGACCCUUUGUACCCUGGCGGCAGCUUCGACCCCCUUGGCUUGGCCGACGACCCCGAGGCAUUCGCGGAGCUCAAGGUUAAGGAGCUCAAGAACGGCCGUCUUGCCAUGUUCUCUAUGUUUGGCUUCUUUGUUCAGGCUAUCGUCACCGGCAAGGGCCCCCUCGAGAACCUGGCUGACCACCUGGCCGACCCCGUCAACAACAAUGCCUGGGCAUUUGCCACCAACUUCGUUCCCGGCAAGUAAGCCAUAUGUGUCUUGGAGACCAUGCACACGAUGAAGUGUGACCAACUGGUUUAUUUUGUACUACCAUACUGUAAAUUACAAGGAUGAAUUCUAUGGAAGCACAGUACUAGAUUUGGAGGCAA